AACUCUGAACACCCCUAUACCGCCCUUGUCUCUUCCAAGCGGCCAUGAUCUUUUUAGGGAGGCUUCAGCGAUCAAGAUAGCUAGCCGAGCCGAGAUCCAAGAAUGUGGAAGUCUAUUUUAGGCGGAGACGAAGAGCAGCAGCAGCAGGAAGACAACUUGUUGGAUGAACCCGAAGGCCUAUUUUCACUUUCCCCCACGCAGAGGGUCUACGCAUUUGCUGGCUGUUUACUAGCUGGCUUGGUUUGCAUGUUCCUGUCUUUGAUUGUCUUUGUCAAGCCCAUCAAGUUCGCUUUGCUAUUUACAUUUGGCAACAUGUUAGCUGUUGGAAGCACAGCCUUCCUCAUUGGACCUGGGCAGCAAAUAAGGAUGAUGCUUGAUCCUGUACGCGUUUAUGCUACAGCCAUUUAUAUUGGGUGUGUUGUUGUAGCUCUAAUCUGUGCUCUUCUGAUCCACAGUAAGAUUUUAACGAUAAUAGCAAUCAUAUGUGAGAUUUGUGCCCUUGUCUGGUAUAGUUUAAGCUAUAUUCCUUUUGCUCGAAGGAUGGUUUCCUCGGUGACGAUCCGUCUAUUUGACACUGAAAUCUAAGCAGUUCAACAUACAAAUGUGUGUUUGUGCAGCCAUUGGCCAACGAAAUUCUCUACAGAGUUGAUUUACUCCAAUUCUUUCUAAUGAGAGUCGAUUCUUUUUUUGGAUUGCUGUGAAAAAGUGUUACCAACUUGGCUUUGAUUUUUGGGCUGUUAAACUUUAUGAUGACUGAAAUGCUACAAUCUACAAGCGAUUCAGUCUCAUCAAAGGGCAGUUACUAUUGAUUCAACUGUCCUUUUGUGUUGCUGUUCACUCUGGUUUUAAUUUCUCUGAAAUACCAUUUAAGUUGUUGUCUUCCUAUAUCAAAUAAUUAUAUCCUUGUCUUUCAAAAUGCCUUUCAUGACUGGUGCAGAUGCUGCAUAAUUUCGUGUUGGACUACUUUUUCUUCCCUGGCUACCUACCUACCAUUUAAGCCUUUUUCCCAACAACCAAAAUGGUGGGAGUGGCUAGUAAGCUUUGCCAUUAUUCUACCUAAUCAGUCAGCAUCCUCACCUCAAAUGCCCGACGAUGUCCUAAUAAAACGAGGUAUCUUGACAUGCUCUGAGAUUCGGGUCUUCUGUUUUGCCUUGUUUUCCUGCUUUUUG